AUUCCUCCCAAUGAUGCCAAUCAAUGCCCUGAUGAUCACUGGAGCCCCAGCAGUGCAACCUGUCAGUGUCCAUCAAUUCCUGCUGUCAGUGUUCAUCAAUGCCACAUCAAUGCCACAUAUCAGUGCCUACCAGUGCACAUCAAUGCCACAUAUCAGUGCCCAUCUGAGCUGCCUUUCAGUGUCACCUAUCAGUGCCAGUCAGUGCCACCUAUCAAUGCCAGUCAGUGCCACCUAUCAAUGCCAGUCAGUGCUGCCUAUCAGUGCUGCCAGUCAGUGCCACCUAUCAGUGUCAGUCAGUGCCUCCCAUCAGUGAGCAUCAGUGCUGCCUAUCAGUGCAUCAGUGCUGCCUAUCAGUGCUCGUCAGUGCCACCUAUUAGUGCCGCCUAACAGUGC